GGGGGGGUCUGGCCCGAAGCUCUUCCAGGACGGGGCAUCUUCGAAGGGAAGCUUAUCUGUCAUGAACUGCUUCUUAAGGAAGAACGGAAAGUUGCUGCACUUCAGUAGCGACACUUUUUAUAUACCCAGGGGUAAGAUAUUUUCUGCACUUCCCAGAACCCUUCCCUUCAUCACCAGCUUCAAGAAAUCCAGACAACCCCACCCCCACCCCGGCCACCUUUCUGCUGUGGACUGUUGUUGGGACCUCAGAUCCACUGGCCCUAGAUUCCAAGAUCCCUGCUAGAUGCCAAGGCCUGGAUGAGAUGAUGGAUUUGGCUUGUUUCCAAAUGUGCCGGUUACAAACAAUUCUCCAGGGGUACUCAAUUGUACUUGAAAUGCUUCUGGAUCCCUCCCUUCUAUCUAGCUUUUUGCUCUAGAAGAGUGUAGAAGUAGUUACUACCCAGUGAUCUUGUUGCCUCCAGAGCCCAUUUUCCAGAGUUGUAAAGCAGCACUGGCCUCUAGAAAGUUCCAACUCCUGGCACUGCAGGGACACACCAAAAUUCCAAAGUUCUUUGAAAGGCUGAAGAUUGUGAUCUGAGGACUACAUAACUGUGAAGCCUAUAGCAGAAGUUCUAGUACUUUCUUCACUAGAAAGAGGUGCUCCCAAUCAAAUAGGCAUCAUCAUGCCACAGCAACUCCUGAUCUCCCUGCCCACUGAGGUCAGCACCUGGGUGAAAUUGCACCAUCCAAAGAAGACCAAGGAGGAGGCGUCCCUGUGGGAGGAUGUGACUAAACUGUUUGAAGGAGAAGGAUUGCUUUCUCAGGAUGUUGAUGACAACCAGGGAGAAAGAUCAGUGAAUAAUAUGAGUCCUGGAUUCCUGGUAGCAGAAUCACAGGAGCUGUUGACCUUCAAGGACAUAUGUGUAGACUUCACUCAGGAGGAGUGGGGGCAGCUGGUCCCUACUUACCGGAAUCUGUACCGAGAGGUGAUGCUGGAGAACUACAGGAACCUGGUGUCAGUGGGAUAUCAGCUUUCCAAGCCCAGUGUAAUUUCCCAGCUGGAGAAAGGAGAAGAGCCAUGGAUGAGAGUGAAUGAAAGCCCAGGAGACCCUGUUUUAGACUUGAAGAGUAACAUAGAAACCAGUGAGUCAACUGCAAGAAAUGACAUUUCCCAGGACCAGCUAUAUCACGACAUGGUGGGAAGGUUUAUAAGGGAUGACAUCAUUUAUUCCACACUGAACAAAGUCUCCAGGUAUGAUGCCUUAGAAACACACCAGGAAACCUGUGGACGAGACAUGAGACAAGUCAUUUUGAACCACAAAAAGACAGACCAAGAAGCUAACAAAUUUCAGGGAAAUAUUGUGAGUUCAAAAGUGACUUUAGAACAGAAGCACCAUAAAUUCAGCCCACCUAGCAAGCGGAACAAAUGCAAACUAAAUUUAAUUAAUCAUCCACUAAGUUGCCUAAGAACAAAAAUCUAUGAAUGUAGUAUAUGUGAAAAAAUGUUCAAACAGCCUAUUCAUCUUACUGAGCACAUGAGAAUUCAUACUGGUGAGAAACCUUUCAGAUGUAAGGAAUGCGGAAGAGCCUUUAGUCAGAGUGCAUCUCUGAGUACACACCGGCGAAUUCACACUGGUGAGAAGCCCUUUGAAUGUGAAGAAUGUGGCAAAGCCUUCAGACACCGCUCAUCACUCAGUCAGCAUCACAGAACUCACACUGGGGAGAAACCUUAUGCGUGUGACAAAUGUCAGAAAGCCUUCAGCCAGAACAUUAGCUUGAUCCAACAUUUAAGGACUCAUUCUGGAGAGAAACCCUUUACGUGCAAUGAAUGUGGGAAAACUUUCCGGCAGAUUCGACACCUUAGCGAACACGUAAGAAUUCACACUGGGGAGAAGCCCUAUGCGUGCACUGCGUGCUGUAAAACCUUUAGUCACAGAGCAUAUCUAACGCACCACCAGAGAAUCCACACUGGGGAAAGACCCUACAAAUGUAAAGAAUGUGGGAAAGCCUUUAGGCAGAGAAUACACCUUAGCAACCAUAAAACUGUUCAUACCGGAGUGAAAGCAUAUGAAUGCAAUCGCUGUGGAAAAGCCUAUAGACAUGAUUCAUCAUUUAAAAAGCAUCAGAGGCACCAUUCUGGAGAAAAACCUUAUGAAUGCAAUGAAUGUGGAAAAUCCUUCAGCUAUAAUUCAUCACUAAGUCGACACCAAAAAAUACACAGGAGGAAUGCCUUCUGAAAU